AUGGCACCAAUCUCUCCAUCCCAGAUCGCCGAGUUGCGAUCGCUACUACCCAACCUGCACAUCGUCACUCCCGACUCCCCAGAGUACGAAAGCGCAAUCACCCGAUGGAAUUCCCUGGGUGAGCGCAACGCCGGCGCUGUGGCCUUUCCGACCGCCGCCCAGGAAGUAUCCACGCUGCUGGGUUUCGCCAGCACGCAUGCGCUAGACAUCGCCGUCAAAGCGGGCGGACACGGUCGUCGGGGCUGCUCGUCCACCACCGGCGGUCUGUGCGUCGACCUGUCCCGAAUGAACGCCGUCUCCGUCGACACGGCCAGCAGGCGGAUCAUCGUCGGGGGAGGCGCUCUCUGGUCAGACGUCUAUGUGGAGGCGGAGAAGUAUGGUCUCGCUGCCGUGGGCGGCAUCUCGCCCAGCGUCGGCGUCGGAGGCCUCGCGCUCCAUGGCGGAUAUGGCUGGCUGACGGGCGCGCACGGCUUGGCGUUGGAUAAUAUCUUGGAGAUGCAGAUUGCGCUCGCCAAUGGUUCACUUGUACGCGCUUCCGCCACGGAGAAUGAGGAUCUGUUCUGGGCAAUGAAGGGAGCAGGGAGUCUCUUUGGUGCGGUGACGGAGUUUGUGCUGCAGGGAUACGAACAGAAAGAUCCGGUGUGGAGUGGCAUUCUGCUGUUUGGCAGAGAGAGUCUGGCGACCAUCGUGCAAGUUUGCAACAAGGUACUGGCAAGAGAGAGCCAGGGCGAGGCGGCGCUCUGCGUGGGGUGGGGUAUCUUGCCAGGUCGUGGGAAAGAGCCCGAGAUAUGGGUGGCGCCGUGGUAUAAUGGCCCGGAGGACAAGGCGAAGGAGUUCUUUGCGCCGUUGCUGGAUCUGCAGCCAGCGUUGAACACGACCAAGAUGGUGCCGUUCUCUGCGUCGGGGCUAGCAGGUGCCUCUGCGCAAGGCAAGGAGUGGAGGAAACACGAGAACGGGAGUUCAGCGAUGGCCCCGUUGGAUCCGGUCUUUUUAGACAGGAUGUUUGAUGAUUUCGCCCAGUUUUUGAAGACAGUGCCUGAUGCGCAGAGAUCGACGGUGGCGUUCGAGGUUCAUAACCCCUAUCCGACGAUGCGGGUGGGACAGACCGGGACAGCAUUUCCGGACAGAGGCAACCAGGUCAAUGUGCUGAUUAUCCCCACGUGGACGAAGGAGGAGAACGACGAGGCGUGCAGGAACUGGUGUCGGGAAUUCAGCGCCAAAGUGGGAGAAGAGUUUGAGCGGAGGAAGAGGGAGGAGGGUGUCGAUGAAGUGACGAAGACGAGUGUGGGAGUCUAUUCGAAUUAUGAUGGUUUGGGACUGAGUCCCAAGGAAAUAUUUGGCGUCAACUAUGAGCGGCUGGUAGAAUUGAAAAAGAAGUAUGAUCCUGACAAUCUGUUCAGGAACUUUGUCGACCUGCAGGCUACGAACUGA